AUGCCUGGUAUAGAGGGGCUGAUUGCACCCGAGCCAAAGGUCCCAGUGCCGCGUGGCAGCCGCUCAACGGAGAAGCCCUUCCCUUGCAGUGUCUGCGGGAAGAGCUUCAGCCAGCGGCCCAACCUCAUCACCCACCAGCGCAUCCACACCGGUGAGAAACCCUUCCCCUGCACCGAGUGUGGCAAGCGCUUCAACCAGAGAGCCAACCUCAUCACCCACCGACGGAUCCACUCGGGAGAGCGCCCCUUCCCCUGCGCCACCUGCGGGCGCUGUUUUAGCCAGAAGGGCAACCUGGCGGCCCACCAGCGCACCCACGCUGUGCAGGAGGGGCUGAUUGCACCCGAGCCAAAGGUCCCAGUGCCGCGUGGCAGCCGCUCAACGGAGAAGCCCUUCCCUUGCAGUGUCUGCGGGAAGAGCUUCAGCCAGCGGCCCAACCUCAUCACCCACCAGCGCAUCCACACCGGUGAGAAACCCUUCCCCUGCACCGAGUGUGGCAAGCGCUUCAACCAGAGAGCCAACCUCAUCACCCACCGACGGAUCCACUCGGGAGAGCGCCCCUUCCCCUGUGCCACCUGCGGGCGGCGUUUUAGCCAGAAGGGCAACCUGGCGGCCCAUCAGCGCACGCAUUCGCAGCAGAGGCCCCACGCCUGCUCCUGCUGCCCCAAACGCUUCAAGGGGGAGUCAGCUCUACGCGCUCACCAGCGUACCCAUCGGCAGGGGCUGGGCGCCGAUCCCCUGACUAGCACCCUUCUGUCUGCGCCUGCGCUGCAACAAGCCCUCCCGGGGGACCCCGCUUCAGCUGCACAGCGAGCCACUCCGGCCCCCCGUCCGGAUCUUCCCGGAGAUCCCUCUCCCAAUGUUCACCAACCAGCCCCCUCUGGGCAACAUGGGGCCCCUCAUGGGCAGAGUCUUCCUGCAGACCCGCCCCCUGGUCAACACACGGCUGGCCCCUCGACGCACCUUCAAGGAGUGGCCCCUGGCUCGGAGCAGGGGCCGAAGCUAAGCGCUCCACCCACCAUUCUGGAUCCCCAUGUGGAGAUGCUCCAUUGCCAACGCCGGCUGGGCCUCCCAUUGCUGCCCAGUUCCAGCGCUCAUUCGGUUGUGCCCAUGGGGCAACCCCCUCCCAUCACCUCGAAGCCCAAGGGGUUGUCAGCCGCCCCCCGGCCCACCACCACUGUGGAAGCCCCAAGUGAGAUGCUUCACUGCCUCUGCCAUGCUGGCAGGGCCUCUUUGGUCAUUCCGCACACCCCACAUCUGGGGCAGCUCCAACCCGGCAACAGGGACGCCCCGGGCCGCACCUGGCUGGGCCUCCCCUGCCCAACACGCACCCUUCAGCUCCAGCAGGGCGGCCAGACACACCCAGCUGCUCCUAAUCCCAGACUAUGUUCGAUUCCUGAUUCUUUGCGGCUGAUUUCGGGGGCCGUAGGUGGCACAGAUUUUAUCUUGGGAACGGGCAGAGGUGUUGAUGGCGACGUGGUCGAGCGUGCAAAUGAUGUGCCGGUGGCCUUUGGGGACGUGGCAAUCUGCUUCUCGGCCGAGGAAUGGGCAGCGCUGGCCGGAUGGCAGAAGGACCUCUAUCGCGACGUCAUGGCCGAGAACUUCCAGCUGGUCUCCUCGCUGGAAUGUCUGCUGGCCAUCCCUGAACUGCUAUCCCAGCUGGCACGAGGAGAGGUGCCCCAGAUCGAUGCUGGGCCACCCCCAGCGCAGGACGGGGAGUGUCCAGUGGGGCGGGGGGCUCCAGGCAGUCGGCGAGGGGCUUCUGCUCCUCCUCUCCACCCCGUUGCAGGAAGACCCGUGAUGCACAGCCGCAAAUCGCGCGUGAGGCGGCUCCCGGGACGCGCUGCUCCCGAAACGGAACCCGAAACGGGUCCAGAAAGGGGUGGUCCCAUGGACGGGACGGACCAAGAGCCAGUGGCGGGACGGACCCGCCAGAGUUCCCCUCUGGGGGAGGGGCCGUUCCCUUUCCCAGCCUGGGAGGAGAGCUCGGGGGACGAGAACGGGCUGGUCAUUCACAGCCAGGUGGAGGAAGAGGAGCAUAAAUGCGCCAUGUGCAGUGAGAGCUUCAGUCAGCCGCUGGGCCUGCUGCGCCACCAAAAGCAGCAACACGCUGGCGAACGAGCCUUCGUCUGUCCCGAGUGCGGCCGGGGCUUCAGCCUCAAACACAACCUCAUCAUCCACCAGCGCAUCCACACCGGCGAGAAGCCAUUCGGCUGCAGCGUCUGCGGGAAGCGCUUCAGCCUCAAGCAGAACCUGCUCACCCACCAACGGGUUCACGGUGGCCCAGCCCGCCGCCCUUUCGCUUGCCCCGUCUGCGGGAAGCACUUCCGGGAAGAACGGUUGCUCACCGCUCACCAGAAAAGAGACGACUGCGAACAGCAGCAGCAGGGCAACCUGGAAGACCAAACGGGGCCCGUCGAUGAGGAGGGCGAGGAGGAUUUUGUGCGCCGCCGGCUGAGGGUCAAGCAUCAAGAGAAGCCUCCCCAAACCCGGGCCGCCUUUUCCCGUCGGGGUUCUGGGAAACCCUUAGGGGGACGAAGCGGCCGUGCUGGCUCGCCAAGGACCCGGCAAGCAAAGGAGGAGACCCCCAAAGUCCCAAAACCGAGGCUCCGCAGGGAAGACGCUCCCUUCCAGUGCGUGACAUGCAAGAAGAACUUUUCGCAGAAAGGCAACCUGGCGGCACAUCGUCGGAGUCACCGGGAGCGGGAGUCCCUCAGCUGAAGACAAGCUGAGAGGGUUGAGCAGGGGCUGAGCAAUCGGAGCGGUAGCGGGCAGCAGGCUUGAGAAAGGGACCAAGAGCAGGCGGCCAAGGAGAAAGUGCAGCCCCCUCCCCAUCCCGGAUCCGGUCGUUCGAGGGACAUACUGGAAAAUAUUUUUUUACGUUCUCCAUCAAGUCCCUUUUCACGUCUCGGGACCGCGAACUGACAAAAAACUACAAGACACAGGGUGCUUUCCAUAUUUCUGCAUUUUUGUACCUCCUUUCUUUUCUUUUUUCUUUUUCAGCCAUUUAUCGAUUGAGUCUCACAUCCUCCUUUCCACAUUUUGCAUUCCAUUUUUGUCCCUUUCUGACGGAAAACCAGCUCAUUUCUCCGAAGAACGCCGACCGUAGCCGAAUUAGACCACCAGCCUGGCGAUAGGGAGCAAGGUCCGAGCUGUGCCAAAGAGCCCGGGGGAGGGUGGAGGUUUGGGAUAGCCGUUGGAUCACCCGAGGCAUGUGCCGUGAACAGAGGAUCAUGAGUCUCCUCGGAAGCAGUUCCUUUGUCAUUCCCUGUGGAAUUGAACCCAAGACGUACAGCGUGGCGUGGCGGGGACCGUAGAAGUACUUCCGUUGACAACUACGUCAUGGAACUAGCUGGAACAUGCGGGCAUCUUUGGUGCGAGAAUCCACCAAGGAAUGGAGGAACCAGCCAGAGAUCUGUGCCCCACAGAAAGUUCCUCACUGCUCCCUUUGUCGCUCCGGCAAAGAGAGGUCGCUUGGAAGAUCAGAGUCUGUGAAGACCGUGGAGAAGCGGGAAGGAAAACUCAGAAUUUGGAGGGGCUGUGUUCCCAAAGACCCCCCCCCCCCAAUCCCCUUCUCCUGCAAGUUCUGCCUGUGGAGAAAACUCCUUCCUGCUCUGCCUCCCUUCACUGUGCAGUUGGGCCUCAGCUUUUGCUGCUGUGCCUCGGCGCGUCCCCGCUGCUCAGCGGGUUUUGCCACUCCUGUCGACUGUUACCAUGUUCAGCCUGUUUUAGAAGCUUUCAAGCACUCCUGGAUGAGCUGGACCUGUUGAGCUACAGCAGAGGAGCUGCCUUGCCAAGGGGGUCUGUCUGGGGUGCGAGACUGCAGUAUACGAAGGUCUCCAAGUGGAGGGGUGAGAAAAGGGGGUCUCGGAGUGGGGCGGUGCAGGACAAAGGCUGACUGUGCUCUCUCCUUUGUGUUCUCUCUUUUCCUUUCUUCCCUCCCUCCUUUCUCUUCUUUCACCCUCUUUUUCUGUUUUGUU